GGCUUACAUUACGUUGUCAAAGAAAGCAGGUGCAGCUUGCCAUUGAACUUUUAUCGAGAGCCUGCAGCUUUCACCAACCUGUAAGGGUGAAAUUUAUAAGGGGUUUCCUGUAUGGACCUGGGUACACGUACAUGCGUACAUCCGAAGGAUCCUACCAAGUUAGCCCUACUGUGGAAUGCAAGAGUCACAGCGAAAUCCUGUGCCCAGGGGCAGCCGCUGGCCUAGCUCCUCGCAACAAGGCGGACUCCUCCUCCACGUAGCACAUGGCGGCCGAGGAUGCCCGUGCAGCCCCAGCACCAGGCUCGCCGAGACUCGCACAGGACUUCCUCUCUUCUGCUGGGUUGAGACCUGCAAGGGGGGCGGAAGCAAGGGGGCUGACCAGGAGCCCCCCAGCCUGGUGUGCCCCCAGCCCACGGCGCGAGGGAGUCUAGAAGCCAGAGGUUGCUGUGGGGGUCUCUGCCAUCCUGGCCAUGAACCUGGAGCCGCCCAAGGCCGAGAUCCGGUCAGCCACCAGGGUGACGGGGGGGCCCGUCACUCCCAGAAAAGGGCCCCCCAAAUUUAAGCAGCGGCAAACCAGGCAGUUCAAGAGCAAGCCCCCCAAGAAAGGCGUCCAAGGGUUUGGGGACGACAUCCCCGGAAUGGAAGGCCUGGGAACAGACAUCACGGUGAUCUGCCCAUGGGAGGCCUUCAACCACCUGGAGCUGCACGAACUGGCCCAGUAUGGCAUCAUCUAGUGCCAGAGCCUGACCCAGAGCCUCAGGGCCGUACCCCCUGCUGCCCACUGCCACCCCUGCUCAGGAUUCCUGCGAGGAGGCCGGCCCCCCUGAGGGUGUCCAGGUUGCCCAGUUUGUGUCUGGAGACCCUUGCAGGGUGGCGACCUCAGGCCCCCAGAUGCCAGUUACCAGAAGCCCACCAGCUCCCUGUAGGACACCCCGGGGCCAGUCAGGCCCUGCUUAGCUUCCGAAACACUGGCCCCCAGACCUUUUCUCAGGGCUGGAAAGCCAGGGCAGGGUGUCCCAGGAAUGUCCUCACAGCCCGCUCCCGUCCUGCUGUGUGGUGGUGAGACCAAGCUCCCCUCGCUAGCCCUUCCCAGCUGCUGCCCUUGGGUUGGAGCGGGGCGGUGGGGGAGUCCUGGUGGCAUCCGACCAACACCCCUCCAAACCCAUCACCGGCAGGAAACAUCCUUUCCAACAUGGCCCAGCUUGCUGUCCCUGUUUCAAAAUAAACUUCG